AAUCGUGAUAAAUUUUUGUUUGCACUGGUGUUCCUCAUAACAGAAAUUUUUUCAAAUUUUUUAGCCGGGAAACAUAACUAUGCCUUCAGAAGCAGCGAAAAAACGUCAAGCAAAGAAAAAGGCUGCCGCUCAGUCCAGAGGCAAGCCAAAACCGGCGGCAGAUUCAACAGAAAAUGGAGUUGAAAACUCGAGCGCGACAGAAAAUGGCGCCUCCGUAAAGUUGGAUUUGUCAAACCGUUCGUGCACCGGCGUUUUGGCUUCACACGAGCAGUCGCGAGACGUGAAGAUUGAAAACUAUUCUAUUACUUUCCAUGGCGUUGAACUUUUAACUGAUACAAAACUCGAGUUGAACUGUGGCCGUAGAUACGGAUUAUUGGGACUAAAUGGAUGUGGUAAAUCCACCAUGUUGGAAACAAUAGGAAACAGAGACAUCCCAAUUCCUAACCAUAUUGACAUAUUUCAUCUUAAGAAUGAGAUGGAAGCGUCAGAUAAGACAGCGCUUCAGUGUGUUAUGGAAGUUGAUGAGGAGAGAACCCGUCUUGAAGCUGAGGCUGCUGAGCUCACAAAGCAAGGGGAUGAAGGAAGUGAAAGAUUAUUAGAUAUCUUUGAAAGGCUUGAUGACCUUGAUGCAGACAAAGCAGAGACCAGAGCUGCUGAAAUUCUUGAUGGUCUUGGAUUCACGCCUUCCAUGCAACAGACAAAAACAAAAGAUUUUUCUGGAGGUUGGCGAAUGAGGAUCGCUUUGGCACGAGCCCUUUUUGUUAAACCCACACUUUUGUUGCUGGAUGAGCCUACAAACCAUCUGGAUUUGGAUGCUUGUGUGUGGCUAGAGGAAGAGCUUAAAAAUUACAAGAGGAUAUUGGUGAUAAUAUCGCAUUCACAGGAUUUCCUUAAUGGAGUGUGUACUAACAUUAUACACAUGCACAAACAGAAGCUUGUGUAUUAUGGGGGUAAUUAUGACUCCUAUGUCAAAACAAGGGCAGAACUUGAAGAGAAUCAGAUGAAACAGUACAGCAGAGAACAAGAACAAAUAAAACACAUGAAGGACUACAUUGCCAGGUUUGGUCAUGGUAGCGCCAAACUCGCAAGACAGGCACAAAGUAAAGAAAAGGUUCUUGGUAAGAUGGUGGCCAACGGACUCACUGAAAAAGUCACUAAGGACAAGGUUUUGACAUUCUAUUUUCCUGACUGUGGCAAGCUUGCCCCUCCUGUGGUCCAAGUACAAACCAUGAGCUUCAGUUAUGGUGAAGAUAAGCCUGCCAUUUACAAGGACUUAGACUUUGGAAUUGACUUGGAGUCCAGAAUAGCUUUAGUGGGACCCAAUGGUGCAGGAAAGUCUACACUGCUGAAACUGCUUGAUGGGACGUUGACACCUACUGAUGGGCUCAUACGAAGGCAUAAUCACCUUAAGAUUUGCCGCUAUCAUCAGCAUCUCCAAGAUAUGUUAGAACUGGACAUGUCAGCCCUUUCAUUCAUGAUGAAGUGCUUUCCUGAAAUUAAGGAGGUUGAGGACAUGCGAAAGUCGAUAGGGCGAUACGGGCUGACAGGAAAACAACAGAUCUGUCCCAUGCGGAACUUAUCUGAUGGCCAGCGUUGUCGGGUGGUGUUUGCUUGGCUGGCUUUUCAAGCACCUCAUCUCCUGUUACUUGAUGAACCUACAAAUCACUUGGACAUGGAGACAAUUGAUGCUUUAGCAGAUGCCAUCAAUGACUUUGAAGGAGGACUGGUGUUAGUUAGUCACGACUUCAGACUCAUAAAUCAGGUAAAUUUUGAAUCAAGUGAACUAUGACUGAUUAUGUGUCCAAAGCAGGCAAAACCUUUUUUUAACUGAACUUCUU